UAUUUUUGCAGUUCGAGAGAAUUUUGGAGGGCGAAAGAGUCGCUUGGCAUAUAAGCCAUUGAAGCCAAUCCUCCCUCCAGAGAGACUUCUUGACACAGAGAAAGAGAACGAGAACGAGAGAGAGAGAGCGAGCUCUGAGGUUGGGGCUUUGUACGGAGAAAGAGCCUCGGCCAUGGCAGAGUCAAAUGAUUUCGCUUCCGUUGAUCUGGAGAAGAUCUAUCUUGGUGGAAAGGAAUAUCAUGUAAGAACUGGCCGUGGUUCUGUCUCUGUUAUAGUCUAUGGAUACCAAGACAAGCCAGCAUUAAUUACUUAUCCCGACUUAGCUCUAAAUCAUAUGUCUUGUUUCCAAGGAUUAUUCUUUUGUCCUGAAGCUGCUUCUAUGCUGCUUCACAACUUCUGCAUUUACCACAUUAGUCCUCCUGGGCAUGAGUUGGGAGCUGCUCCAAUUUGCCCCCGUGAUCCUGUGCCUUCUGUUGAUGACUUAGCAGAUCAGAUUGUUGAGGUUCUCAAUUUUUUUGGGCUUGGUGCAGUGAUGUGCAUGGGGGUGACAGCUGGUGCAUACGUCCUUACCCUAUUUGCCAUGAAAUACAGAGAGCGGGUUGUUGGAUUGAUACUUGUAUCCCCUUUAUGCAAAGCUCCCUCUUGGACUGAAUGGUUAUAUAACAAGGUAAUGUCAAAUUUGUUAUAUUUCUAUGGCAUGUGUGGAUUGGUCGAGGAGUUUUUGCUUCAGCGAUACUUCAGCAAGGAAGUUCGUGGUACUGCAGAAGUUGCAGAUUCAGAUAUAGUUCAAGCAUGCAGAAAAUUGCUUGAGGAGAGGCAGAGCACAAACAUUUUGCGAUUUCUUCAAGCAAUUAACAGGAGACCUGACCUUUCUAGCGAGUUGAAGAGAUUAAGAUGUCGGACUCUUGUUUUUGUUGGUGAUAACUCUCCUUUCCAUUCUGAGGCCCUUCACAUGACCUCAAAGUUGGAUAGAAGAUUUAGUGCCUUGGUUGAGGUCCAGGCUUGCGGAUCAAUGGUAACAGAAGAACAGCCACAUGCAAUGUUAAUACCCAUGGAGUACUUCUUCAUGGGCUAUGGGUUGUACAGGCAAUCCAGUGGCAGCCCAAGGAGCCCACUGAGCCCAGCUUGCAUCUCGCCAGAGCUUCUCUCUCCCGAAAGCAUGGGUUUGAAGCUAAAACCGAUAAAGACCCGUGUUUCGAGUUAAGUCAGGAAGUGUAUAAUUUUAUUUUAUUGUUCUCACUUUAGCAAUUCGAAUUGCUUAAUUUUUUGGUUCUUUUUAUAUAAAAAGAUUUUUUGAGACGUUGAGGUAAAGGUUGGAGUUGUAGAUAAGGGAAGAAGUAUAAGUGAUGUAGGGAGAUGACUUGCAUUCAUUCUUUUGUAAAAGCCAUAAAUGAGUCAUGGAAUUGGAGAUAUCUGUAAAUUCCAAAGAGGACUGAAAUUUAUUUAUGAUGACAAUCAAUCAAUAAUAGAGACGAGAUCUCCUAAAUUAUAUUAUAUACUUCA